GGUUGAACAACAGGUGGAUUCUCUGCAUACUCUUUGGACAUGUUGUGUUUGAUGGUGAUUAGGUUAUGUGUGAUGAAGACAUGGUGUUUUUGUUAUUGUGAUGCUAUCCAUGUAUUUGAGUAUUUAAAAUAAAUACGUUGAAACAUGUAUCAACCUCUCGUAGAAUUGGGAGACUUGAAAUCUGUCCUGAGAAGUGUGCUGGUGUCAUCAAGGAGUAAAUUGACACCAAAGGAGCUCCAAAAUGAUUUCCGAAGAGUAGAGGGCAAAUUUGUUCCAUAUAGAAAGUUUGGAUAUGCCACUUUUGAAGACUUCUUACAGUCAAUCUCAGACGUUUGUUCAAUUGAAUACAAAAGUGACGGUUCUGUAUAUGUGGUACCUGUUUUGACAGAUUCUUUGAAGUACAUUGCAGACCUUGUGAGCAAACAGAAAGUGCCAAGUCUUAAGCUUAAACAUAAAAGAUCAAGAUCAAAGCACAUGGAUAACAAAUUUAUACCAGCACACUUGCAACACAGUCUUGAAAGUUUUGUCAAAAGUCACCCCAAGGGGGCUCCUGUAGAGGCUCUUGAGAGAGAGGUAUUGUCAAAAUUCCCUCACAUAAUGCAAGGAUUCGAUGAUACAGAAGAAUUCCUUGAGUGUGCCACCCACAUAUUGAGAUUUGACGGAAGAAAUGUGUUUCCAUUAGUAUUAACCUCAGAAAGCAAUUACCAUUCAGUCAGUGGAAAUGGAAAGGACAAAGGAAAUGACUGUCAAAUGCUACCUUCUACCAUUGUUUGCAACAUUAAGCGCCUGAUGAAAGCAAACCCAAAUGGCAUUUUAGCGUCAGAGUUUUCAUCAGCUUAUGGGGAAAUGUUUCAUAGUGUCUUCAAUAUUACAAAGUACGGGUACAUUAACAUACUAUCAGUAGUGUCUGCAUACCCUGAUAUGCUCCACUGUUUUCGAGUGACUGAUGAAGAUUUUAUUAUUAUUGAAGCUCCAGAAGAACUGGAAGAAAAAGAUUAUGAUAUUGAUGUUCCAGAGGUACAAACAGUGAAGGAUAUGUUGAUCUGGUUGAUAAGCAACUUUCCAGAUGGCCUGAACAGUAGUGAAGUUGAACAAGCAUUUGAGGUGCACUUUUUGAGAAGGCUUGAACCAACAGUGUUAGGAUAUAACAGUUUGGAGGAUCUACUGCAUCAUUUGGAAAGUGAAUCUUUGGUGACUCUGAGUACUGUGAAAAAUGAUAUGUGGGUGUACCCUGUAACUACUUUUAGCAGCUGUAACUCAUCUCUCCUAGACAUAACACAGGAAGAGGGUGCUGAGGAUGACCUGGACUCCAUACUCACAGCCUAUUACCCUCCAGGUGCUCUCUUGGCUCAUGAAGAAGUUCCAUGCCAGCAGCUUCCCAACACAAUGCCUGGUUUUACAUUUGAAGUUGUUGUUUCUGAUGCUUUGUCACCAAGCAAAUUUUGGGUUGUUCUCAACUAUGACAGCAACUGUGCUGCCUUUGAUUGUCUUGUUGAUGCAAUGCAGUCAUUCUAUAGUCUCCACAGUGAAAACUACAAGAUGUCUGAGCCUACAAUUUGUGUGGGACAUUAUUGCGUGUGCCCAUAUAGGGGCCAGUGGCAUCGGGCUCGAAUAAGUAACAUCACAAAUGUAUCGGAAGUGCAAGUGCAGUUGAUUGACAUUGGUGCAAUAAGCAAGAAGAAGAAAGAACAUCUUCGAUAUCUUGCAAGAGAUUUUGCAGACCUGCCAUCACAAGCAAUGUGUUGUCGCUUGGCAGGCACAGCAGCAACUGGGCGGACAGUGUGGCCUUGUGAAAUUAGACAGCUCUUCGUGGAAGCAGUGAUUGGUAGAGCAUUCACUGCCACACUGAUUAGUAUUAGCCACCAGAGUGGGAUCCUAUCUGUGGAUCUUUUUGAAGAUACAGAUGAUGACUGUAGUGAAAGGGUUGCUGACUGGCUAUCAAGACUGCAGGAGGAGGAAGCAGAAUCGGAGAUCGAAAAGGGAGUCAUUUUGACUGCUAAGCCAUCGCUGCAGGAACAGCUUCAAAAAUUCACCUGUAUUUAGAGUUUAAAGAAGUUCUUGCUUAGUAAACAUUCUGGAGUACUAAUUUAAAUAAUGCAGUUAAAAGUAUAUAUUGUGAUUCAAUUGUGAAAAUAUGUAUAGGUAUUUAUUCUGUUGAUCCUAAUAUGUUAGAUGUAUGUAGUAAAUUGGGCUAGUGAGAAGUGCAUUUUCUGUAAACACAUUCAUUCAGUUACAAUCAUGUGACAAUAAAAUGUAUAGGAUUUAUGUUGAUUUGAGCCAUUAUGGCUCAAAUUGGUUAGUAAAGCACUCAAUUUUAUGAGGAAAUUUGUGAUAUGUAAAUAUACUACAGCACUAACUGGUAAGAUUCUACUAACAUAAUUGAAAUUGUGAGACUUUUGGAAUUUAUGUGACAGAUACUUAAUUUUUCAAUUAUAUUACAUUUUAUUUUACAAAUGUGUCAGACAAUAUAUGGGAUGAUUCAGGUUCCCAUAGAUUUGCUCCUGAGUAAUGUUAAGAUGUUUGGUGUAUUCAGUACAUAUCUGCUAAGUAAUUACCAAUAAUUAAACCCUGAGUGAGUGACAUGCACUUGUGGACAAGCAAACACACAAUUUUAAACAUGUAAAGUAUGGCUUCCUUAACUUUUGGGCCGGCCGAAGUGGCCGUGCGGUUAAAGGCGCUGCAGUCUGGAACCGCCAGACCGCUACGGUCGCAGGUUCGAAUCCUGCCUCGGGCAUGGAUGUUUGUGAUGUCCUUAGGUUAGUUAGGUUUAACUAGUUCUAAGUUCUAGGGGACUGAUGACCUCAGCAGUUGAGUCCCAUAGUGCUCAGAGCCAUUUGAACCUUAACUUUUGGUUUACUGAGCUCUCAUUUCUGUGGAAUCUGGGAGUGUUAUUGUGAUUUUGAUACCCUUCUGGUGUAGCCACUGAGCAUAUGUCAUUCUGUUGAUAUUUUAGAACUUAGCACAUGUUAUUAAUACAGUAAUAUUCUUUGGAAUAGAAACAACAUUUGUUAUUUUGGUAUAUGUCUACAUAUAUCUGUGGGUUAUUGAUGUGUACUGAUCAAUUGUGUGCCAGCUACAAGAUUGAGCAAUGGAAAUGGUAACUGACAUUGAUGCUUAUUGGUAGUAAUAUCUAACAAUGUUCAACAAUGCUGACCCCAUAGGCAAAUGGGAAAGGGCAAAAGUACUUUCAUAUCCCUCACAUUAUUAGUGUUGUGAUUGUCAAUGUCGAGGAUAGCUUGACAUCUCUCGCUCUUUGAUUCUAUCUGUUUUGUACAUUUAUAAAUAUUUACUGUAGACACAGUAAUAAAUUGUGCAAGUGUUUU